AGAAUGAGGAAGAUUGGUAAAGGAACGUAGUCGGCAACGUAACCCAGGAACAUCCGAUAGAAAAGAAGCCAAAAAUACUAACAUUAGAAACGUAAAAGACACAAUAAAAGACAAAAAUGCCUGCAGUAAUUUCGAAAUUCCUUGAAAAGGGAGAGCAUACCUUCCAAGCCAAUAAAAGCGUAUUCUCAGGAGCUGUGCUAGCCGUAGCUCUAUGCACCUACGCUUAUAAAAUAGGUUAUCCCUUUGUGGACUCCCUAAUCCACAAACCCAGCAAAGAGGAAGACAUCCAAGUCACCGUAAACAACAACCACAUAGUGUCCAAAAAUGGAAUGGUUAAAAACGGCGUGGUCAAGGGAAAAAACGGUUUACUUAACGGAAAAGUCAAAUCCAAACAAUUAAAAGGCCGAAUCAAAAACGGUAUACCGAAUUUCAAUUUAGCCUUUAUAUUGCAAUUUAUCAAAUUAGUUAGAAUAAUGAUACCGAACGUUUUUUGUAAUGAAGUGGCUCUGUUGAGCGGACACACUAUGUUCUUGUUUUUGAGGACUUUUUUGAGUAUAUACGUAGCGAAUUUGGAAGGGGCGAUAGUUAAGUAUAUUGUGAUGAAGCAGCCCAAGAGUUUUAUAAGGCAGCUGAUGAAAUGGUUCGCUGUUGCUAUCCCAGCUACUUUUAUCAACAGCAUGAUUAAAUACUUAGAAAGCAGGAUAGCUCUAAGUUUUCGCACACGUCUGGUGGAUCAUUCGUACAAGCUCUACUUUAAGAACCAAAGUUACUACAGAGUGACAGUUCUCGACGGUAGACUAGACAAUUGCUCGCAACGCCUUACGGAUGACAUUGAAACGGUAGCCAACACCGUUUCCCGUCUUUACAGCCAAAUAACAAAACCAUGUUUCGAUAUACUUCUGAUGGCGCUAGCAUUAGGAAAUUUAGUGAAAUCUCGGAAUUCGAACCUCAUCAUUGGACCUGUGAUCAUAUCCGGUGUUGUACUCUUUUCAGCUUUAGUUUUAAGAUUAGUUUCUCCAAAAUUCGGCCAACUCGUAGCUCAGGAGGCCGAAAAGAAGGGCUAUCUUCGUCACGUUCACGGUAGAAUCGUGAGCAACGCUGAAGAGAUCGCUUUCUAUGGAGGUCACAAAGUCGAACAAAGCCAGUUAAGGCAGGCGUACGCUUAUUUAGCUAAACACAUGGAACACAUGUUCGGAGUAAAAUUAUGGUUCAUUAUGUUGGAGCAGUUUUUGAUGAAAUACGUUUGGUCUGGAGCAGGUAUCAUAGUAGUAUCCCUACCGAUCCUCCUAGCCACCAGUAACAGGCGGAAAGUAAACAAUAAAAGCCUUCUAUCAAUUCCCGAUCUAACGUCAAAAAACAAUCCAGAAAUUGACGACUCAUCCGAUGACCUUGUCGAAGACAGUGUUUCGGAAAGAACCCACUACUUCACCACCUCCAAAAACCUACUCAUCACCGGCUCGGAUGCUGUUGAACGGCUCAUGAGCAGCUACAAGAACAUCGUUGAAUUAGCUGGGCAUACAGCUCGUGUGGCAAAUAUGUUUGAGGUGUUAGAAGAGGCUAGCAAAGGGAUUUACCAUAAAACUCUCGUCGCCAAGAACAAGUCUGUAGGAUUUGAGAUUGAGUUUAACGGGGACCAACCAAUGGCUAAAGGAAAAAUUAUUCAUUCGACGACUAACGAAAUUGUAUUGACGAAUGUUCCUAUCGUAACCCCUAAUUGUGACAUAGUGUGUCCGUCAUUAAGCAUCGAACUGAAACCUGGACAGCAUUUACUAAUUACGGGUCCGAAUGGCUGUGGAAAAUCGAGUUUGUUCAGGAUAUUAAGCGGACUGUGGCCUAUUUACGGUGGAGAACUCUACACGCCUAUGAAUUCUAUGUUUUAUAUUCCUCAACGGCCAUACAUGGUUAUUGGUAAUUUACGAGAUCAAGUAAUUUAUCCCGAUACGCACGCAGACAUGAUCAAGAAAGGCAUUACCGAAGACAAUUUACUGAAAAUAAUGACGAUGGUCCAUUUGGACCAUAUCGUAGAAAGGGAUGGCUUCUAUGAAGCUAAAGAUUGGACGGACAUCUUGUCUGGUGGCGAGAAACAGAGAAUGGCGAUCGCUAGGUUGUUCUAUCAUAAACCUAAAUACGCUCUUUUAGACGAAUGUACCUCAGCUGUUUCCAUCGACGUGGAAAGUUUUAUUUAUCAAAGUGCUAUUGACAUGGGCAUAACUUUACUUACCAUUACCCAUAGACCUACACUUUGGAAAUUCCACACUCAUAUACUACAAUUCGACGGGACGGGUUCAUGGGAAUUCAGCGAACUCAACCACACUAGUCGCUUAAGUUUGAAGAAAGAGAAAGAAGAACUACUCAAAACGACCAACAAUGAAGAGCAAAAGAAAAGACUGGACGAAAUAAACAGAUUACUCGCGGAGGACGAAUAAUGUUUUGUUACCUAUUAAAAUUUCCUGGUGAUAGUGCUGUGAUAAUUCCAAACAAGCUAACAAAAGAUAUAGAAAUAAAAAAUGUGAUUUUGGACGAGUAGUUACCUACUAACAUUUCGACAAGCCCAGUGAUAUUUUGAUUUGAUGAUUUUAGAUUGCUUUGGAACCGGUUUGAAUAAUAUUUGUUUUAACUACAGAAGAAAAUUACAAUGUUUCGGCAUAAAGAAAACAGCAAAUAAAAUAAUCCGUGAACAAAAGUGUUAGUACUACUACCAAAAUCAUACUGAUUAGAUAAUAGACUUUUUAUUAACACUAUUUUAGUAAUUUUUUUGGCGUUUGUUUUUGCAUUACUUUUAGUCUGUGAAAUCGUUUUACACAAAAUACCAUUUUAUUGUUGUAAAAUAUUUGAAACAAUUUUUAAAAGUAAUAUAUUGGGUACAUUUUAUUGAGAUUAUUAUAGUAGUGGUUUAAAAAUUGCAAGAAAUCAACUGUCAUAUUGGUGAUUCAAAUUAUCCAAUGUAAAAGAACCUAGAAACCUUGACAUAAGAAGAAAAACUGACAAAACUACAUCUAGUGUAUGGAGUGUAGAGGUAAGAAGUACUAUCUCUGUAUACAAAAAGUGUCCCUCAAUAUGUAUAAAAUUAAGAUGGCGCUUCUGCACCAGAGGGACACCGACAUAUGCUCGAAGCGUAUUGCCUAAAAACUGCAUCAUGAAAAACCAUCGUGAAAAGCGACUAAGCCUAUAAUGGUAGAAAAAAUUGAUAGACGACAAUAGUGCUUUUCGUAGUUCGAUUUAUAUAUGGGUGAGCUAUCUAUAUCAUUAUGUAUCAUUUCAUCUUUCCCUUCUAGUACACGAGCGCUAUCUUAAUUUUAUACAUUUUGGGGGACACUUUUUGAGAUAAACAACCGUAUGAGAUUGUACUCCUUUCCUCAACACUCCAUACUCUAGUGCAUAAUC